UGCAAAUCUGACAGAAGUGCACUUCCGUGUUUGUUUUUUUUUUUUUUUUUCGCGCGAAUCCGUUCAUAUAGUAGUUUGACCUGAUAACCUGUGUGUUGUGAAUAAUUAGCAAGAAGAAGUCUAAUCCCAAACAGACAUCAAAGGGGAUGUCUGAGUCGAGACGGAAGGCUAGCAGAGCCAGUCAGGAGGAGGCUACUGGUCAUGGUAAUGGAGCUGGUGGGCGCAAUAAAGCUGAAAGAGCAACAGACAUGGGUGAAGAUGAUGAAGGUGCAGGUCCAUCAGGGAUCCAUGAGGAAGAAGAUGACCCUGCCCGGCGGAGGGAGAUCAGAAGCCAGUACAGGGAUCUCAUCAACUCUGUUCAGCAAAACCGUGAGGACAUGCUGAAUCCUGCCAACAAUAAACUGUUUGAUGUGCUAGAGGAGGCUAACAAACUGUUUGCCAAUGUCAGGCAGGCGCGAGAGGCUGCACUGGAUGCACAGCUGCUUGUCCUAGCCACAGACCUGGGGAGAGAAAAGGCCAGUCAGCUGCAUUCUGAAGGCUCAGCUUUUGACCCGUCUGCGUUUGCAGAGCAUUUGCUGUCCUUCAUGGGUCUCAAUCGCUUAGAAGAGGACGAUGAUGCUGAUGGCACUUCGGGUGGAUAUAUGCCUCCAGAUGCCUGGCAGCGGCUUUCCAAAAGAGCACAAUAUUGCUUCAAAACAGCACCUUCAUUCCACUAUAUGUUCGGUUCAUUUUUGGCUGAACCACCACCACCACGGCAGCGUGUUGAGAGACAAAGGAAAGCUCCCAGCAAAGAAGCAAAACGAAUCAUGCCCACUCAACCAAAGAAAAUGGAAGAUUCACAUCAGGAAGCUACAGAGAAAGAGGUGCAGAGGAUUUUGGAAUGCCUCCAGAGUUCCUUUGCUGAUGACCCGGAGUCCCCCAUAUUGUAUUACGAGUUUGUUGUUGACCCUGCUUCCUUUUCUCGGACAGUGGAGAACAUUUUCCACACCUCAUUUCUUAUCAGAGAUGGUCGGGCAAGGAUUUAUCUAAACAGUGAACAACUUCCUUGUAUAGCUCCAGUUGAGGACGGUGAGUUAAAUCUUGGUCCCGGCAAUCGUCAUCAGUGUGUCAUCUCAAUCAGUCCAGCCAGCUGGAGGGAGAUCAUUGAGGCCUUUGAUAUUAAGGAAGCUUUGAUUCCAACCCCAAAAGUAUUGCCACAAGACGGCUGAUUUUAAAAAUCAGAAAUUUGUUUAUAUUAUUUUCAAUACUUUUUAGAAAAAUUAUUUUGGUUUUAUUCACAAUUUUUAAGUGUAUAUGACGAAUGCAAAAUGCACUGAGGCUCCCACUGGAGUUGUAUAAUGUACAAAGAAUUAGGUAUGUUACAAUAUUAUAUUGUAAAAUAAAGUUUACACUGUCUUUAAACCACAA